GACAAGUUGGACUUUAUGGUUUUUUUUGUUUUGUUUUUUUUUUCCUUCUCUGUGACAUGUGCUUUAGUUGCAGCAGAAAGGAAAUGUGUCAUCUGUGGUUUGGUUUUAAAAGUGGAAAGCUAGCUGUAAAAUCUUUUUUUUUUUUUUUUUUUUUUUUUUUCAGUAACUGCAGAUUUACUUUAAGGUUCAUGCUCUCCAAGUCUUGUCUGCUUUAAAUUACUUGGAAGCUGUACUUCAAGACAAGAAAAGAAGUGGCUAUUAAAAUCAGGUUAUAAUCAGAUUUUAACCAAGAAUUUAUAAGUACAUCUGGCAGAAGACAAUCAACAGCAGGCCUAUUAUCCACCCCGCGAUUUCCAGCAUAUUCCUGGACAUGGAGCACAGAUGGCUUUACCUGCAUCUCACCCUUCUGAUGACGAUAGUUUUUUCUUGGUCUCCUGGAACAAACGCAAACUAUACCCAACUGUGGGCUAACAAUACUGCUGUCUGGGAGCGAGAUAUUCAAAAUCAGAUGGGCAGAAACCAAGAUGAAAACAUUAACACAAACCCUACAACUUCUGCAAUAGAUAAAAGCAGUAACUCUGUAAACAGGACUGAAAUAACAUCAUCUCUGGUCACAUCUCUAACUCCUAAAUCGGAACUGGAGCUUUAUAUACCUUCUGUUAUCAGGAACAGUUCUCCAACAGUACAGAGCACAGAAAACACAACCAAAGAUCACCGUGAAAUUUUCAAAAAAGAGGUCUGUGAGGAAAACAACAACAAAAUGGCUAUGCUAAUUUGCUUCGUUAUAAUUGCAGUGCUUUUUCUUAUCUGCACCCUUCUAUUUCUAUCAACUGUAGUUCUGGCAAACAAAGUCUCAUCUCUCAGACGAUCAAAACAAGUAGGCAAGCGUCAGCCUAGAAGCAAUGGUGAUUUCCUGGCAAGCAGUGGUCUCUGGCCUGCUGAAUCAGACACUUGGAAAAGAGCGCACCAGCUCACAGGGCCCAACCUAAUGAUGCAAUCUUCUGGAACACUUAUAGCUACAAGGGGAAGAAAAGAUGAAGGAGGAACUGAAAAACUCACUAACUAACAGGCACUUUAGUAAAGAAAAAUGCAAAGUAGCAAGGAGGAAAGUGUAUGAAGUAAAAAUGAAAUCAGUUUGAUAUUUUAUGCCAACAUGUUGGUUUGGUGGUCUAAAAUUUGUUGACAUGGCAGCCUUGCAAUUUAAAAGCAAGCAGGUGAAGAAAAAAAAAAAAAAAAAAAAGCAAGCAGGUGAGAAGGGGAGAAGUCUGCCCACCCUCUCAAUUAUUUAAAACUGUGCACUUUUGUUCUGACACUGAAUAUUUUAAAAAGCAGGUAACAAAAUCCAAGAAUGUGGGGCAGGUUUUAAAGAUGACUUGAAGGAACUGACUAAUGGAGGCAGAAAGGGACAAUUAAAUACAUAAUUUCCUGUUCAGCAACAGUAGUUAGAUGAUCUUCAUCUGAACAUAAUUAAACUUUGAAAAGUUUUAGUGUGUCCUCAGAGGCAAAUCUACGCUUUGACAUCUAACAGAAGCCAAAUUCCUAAUGCGGAGAGUUGAACUGCAGUUUAACGAUACCUCUGCUGCACGUGACAAGAUCUGUACCAUCUCAUAUACCAGCACAGCUAAUUUUAUGCUAGAUGUUUUCAUCUUUAUGUAUGGCACACAGAAAAAGGUGGUUUUCUACUAUAAAUAUUGAAUUAAAACUUUUAAUUUUGUAUAAUAAAUUAAGACUCCUUAGAAUAAAACUGACUAUA